AUGGACGCAAUAGCAAAGUUAGCAGAGGUGACACAGAUGCAAGGCGCUUUACAAGUAUUGUCGAUGUUGCAGGUGACUUCAUACUUGUACCCCCAGCAUUACAUUAUAAAUGAUGGCGAAUUUUUCGAUUUCAUCAUAAUUGGCGGAGGAACUGCUGGAAGUGUGCUAGCUAACAGACUCACUGAAAAUAAACGUGUAAGGGUGGCCCUAAUAGAAGCAGGUGGAGAUCCACCCCUAGAAUCAAUGCUUCCAGGUUGGUUCACUUUAAUGUCAAGAAGCCGUGUCGACAAAAACUACACUUCAGAAAAUGAUCAAACAACCCAGCAAUCUCACAGAAAUCGUGUUGCCAACUUGACAAGUGGUUACGUGCUUGGGGGAAGCAGUAGUAUUAAUUACAUGUUUUACGUCCGGGGAAGCCCAUACGACUAUGAGACUUGGGCAGCGGCCGCAAACGAUCGUACAUGGAGUUGGAAGGGUGUUUUACCGUAUUUCAUCAAAAGUGAAAGGUUGGAAGAUUUAAACGUAUUAUAUUCACCGUAUAGAAUUUAUCAUGGCACCAGUGGAUAUUUAGGUAUUACGAGAGAGUUUCAUAAUGAAACAAUUAAGUUCUUAGAAGCUGCGAAUGAGUUGGGUCAUGAUGUUUUAAUAGACAUAAAUGGAGAGCAACACCUGGGAUUUACAACUCAACUUUUUACUAUAGCUAAUGGUGUGCGUCAGAGCACUGCAUAUUCCUAUUUAUCGCCAAUUAAACAUCGUAAAAACCUGUGCAUUCUUAAGAACACUUUAGCGACAGAAAUUAAAUUUGAUGAGAACAAUAACGCCGUGGGCGUAAAAGUCAAAGCAGGGAAUGGUCAAAUUCUCACUCUUAGAGCGAUUCAGGAAGUUAUUAUAUCAGCGGGAGCUUUCAAUAGUCCCCAGUUGCUAAUGCUGUCUGGAAUUGGACCAAAAGACCAUUUGAAAGAGCUGGGAAUUCCAGUUCGAAGUGACUUGCCAGUCGGAUUGAAUUAUCAAGACCACGUGGCCGUUAUAAUGGCGUUCAAAAUGGAAAAAUCCCACACCUUGGCCAUGCCCACAAAUCCACAUAUGUUUCCAAUGCCCACAUUCACUGGAUAUGUGGCUCUCGACAAACAACAAAAAUAUCCCGACUACCAGGUAGUAAAUAUGAUUGUUCCCAAUGAUUCCGAUGCUAUACUGAAACUCUGCGCUUUUAACUAUUGGUUUGAAUUCGAAAUAUGUGAACAGUUCUAUAAUAGUGGUAAGGGAAGGAAGAUGUUAUUUUCUACUUUGAAUAUAUUGCAUCCAAAGUCACGGGGUAGAGUGCUUCUACGUAGUAAGAACCCUGAAGACCCUCCUAUCAUUCAUACAGGUAUGUUUACAGACAAGACCGAUUUGGAGAAUCUAGCAAGUUACGUUGAGGAUUAUGUUCAAAUUUUGAAUACUACGUACUUUAAAAGCGUAGGAUCGGAGUUCGUGGACUUGAAGUUGUCUAAGUGUAAUGGCUUAAAGCGUUGGAGUAGAGACUACUGGCGUUGUUACGUACUGAGUAUGAUGAACACGAUGUAUCACUAUAGUGGCACGUGUGCAUUAGGCUCAGUGUUGGACUCACGACUGCGUGUUCGUGGUGUCAAAAGAUUGCGCGUAGUGGAUGCUAGUAUUAUUCCCCACCUUGUUGGGGGAAACAUUAACGCGCCAGUUAUCAUGAUCGCAGAGAAAGCUGCGGACUUUGUCAAAGAAGAUAAUAAAUUAUUUUAA